GUGCUUUCGAAAAUUCAUCACACGAACGACGUGGAGCUGGAACCGAGCAAUGAAAAAUUUUUCGCAGUUGGAUAAAAAUUUACCUGUCAAACUUCGCACGUCGUAUACAAUCAUAAAUUGGGCUGAAUAACCAGCAAUAUCCAAAAGAAAAAAAUAACGUAAAAACAACGGAGGACACACAUACGAAAUUCUGCGAGUCAUCCAAUAAAAGGCAGGAACAGCCGAAAAUAAGCGUAAUCUCUAUUUUUCGAAGUACGAAUGCACAAAGCUUGCUAACUUCGAAAACAACCCUAAAUCAAAACUCACCCCAACACGUACGACACACAAUCAAAAACAAAAAAAAAAACAAACAACAAUAGAGCAAGUCACCUACCAUCAAUAUCCUCUUCUAUUGUGUUUGUGAGUGUACCGUCGUCAGUGCUAGCGAAUGUCUCUCGCUGUUUUACCGUAGAUCAGCGCAAAGUAUCGUCGUCUAUCUACACCACCUUGCCGCACCCUAUCGCCCACUCACCUAGCACAACAGUCGAAAGUAGUAGCAGCAGCAGCAGCAGCAACAGCAACAACAGCCGCAGCGACAGCAACUAAUAUUCAAUUUCUCUAGUGCUCAGUGCUUUUAGUCCCGUAGUCGCAGCGCAAAGUAUCAAAAGAAAGCAAGGAACAUCUUAUCGAUUUCCUUUAAAACCACGCUAAGAUAAUGGGCAAGAAAGACAAAAAGAAGGAAGAGGCGGAACCAGCACCAGCUGCCGAUGCACCACCAGCCGAGGGUGGUGCCCCUGGAGAGGGUGGUGAUGGCGAAAUUGUUGGUGGACCACGUAAUCCUCAACAGAUUGCAGCACAAAAAAGGUUACAGCAGACACAGGCACAAGUAGAUGAGGUCGUCGACAUUAUGCGAACAAACGUGGAGAAGGUGCUUGAGAGAGAUCAAAAGCUGUCGGAAUUGGACGAUCGAGCUGAUGCCUUACAGCAGGGUGCUUCGCAAUUUGAGCAACAAGCUGGAAAACUCAAACGAAAAUUUUGGCUGCAAAAUUUGAAGAUGAUGAUUAUUAUGGGCGUCAUUGGGCUGGUCGUAGUGGGCAUUAUUGCAAAUAAACUAGGAUUUAUAGGCGGCGAAACACAGCCACAAUAUCCACAGUAUCCACAAUAUAUGCCACCACCACCACCACAACAACAGGCACAAGCGCCAGCUGGUGGCACCUCAUCAUUGGUUGACGGCGACAGUGUUGGCAACAAAGAGCAACAUGGUGCAGUAUAAAGCUUUUCUUCAAGUCUACUAAGUUAAAGUGAAAGGGUAAACCAAAAUACGAAAAUUACAAAAAUUAUUAGAAACAACAAAAAAAAAGAAGAAAAAAAUUAAAAAUAUCAACGUUGAAAGUCAAAGCAUUGGAUAAACAACUUCUUAAAGGAGUAAAGAUUGCGUCACAUAACCUCAGAACAUAGAAAAGAACAAUUUUUUUCAAAAUAUACGGAAAAAAGUAAAAGUGAAUAUUGUUAAAAAAGCAUUUCUUCAGCGAAUUGUUUGGGCAGAAGUGACGUAACACUGGAACCAUAUUUGUAUAUUACUUAAAUAGGAUUUCAUUUAAUUUAAUUAAAUAUUUUCUCUUGUUUUUUUUUUUAAUAUUAAAUAUUAAGAUGAUUAAGUUUAGUUGCCUGCAAGAGAUUUCAACAUUAACGCUUUAGUGCAUAUAGUUUUUCAUGAUUACAUACAUGAAUAGGGUGAUUCAAAACUUUGCAAUUUAUUUUUUUUUUUUUUAGGAUGGGAAAGAGGUAAAAUUUGGAGUUAAAAAUUGCGUUUCCGGUGUACUGUAUGAUGCGCCUGCACCAAGUUAUUAAAUUUUGAACUUGAUCAAUCACAAAGCAAUUCUAGGGUCAUGCAGGCUAUCAAAAAACAUAGGGUCUAGGGUCAACUCUGGCUAGCAACAAUCAAUGGCCAAAUAGACUCAUUCGAGUGCAUAGUUUUGCGCGUCCGCUUGAGCUGGUGAACACAAACUAUUUAUGCUGAAUACAAAACUUGGCCUUGCUUUCAAUUAUUAACAGGAAAAAAUUAAAGGUCAGAUGCUCCAAAUUUGUUUUAUAUGUAUAGCGAAAUCAGUGACGGUUCCACAAAGAAUGUGUGCAAAAAUAAGAAGACGCAAUUUCAGUCCAUUUCUCUAUUUAAAUUAUGGUACGAAAUUUCAACACACAAAAAAUGAAUUGGUUCUAUGUAAAUCGAUUCUUAUUGCUCCUUAUUGUGCUUUUUACAUUUUUUUUUUUUUUUUUGAGUGGCUAAAUUUGCUGCCUGUGGUUUGUUUUAUUAGAGAAAUGCAGCUUAGCGUCUUUAUGAGUUUUUUGUGGAUCACUCUCCUUGUUGUUGCAGUUCACUAGUUAACGGCGACCUUUGUUCAAAUUUCCCAUUCCAUUUGCUCACGUUUUAGUUGAGAACGACGACUGAUAAAGUCAGCAGUGCAACGCUGUGAUUGGUCAACUUUAAACUUGAACAACUGCGACGGUAAAGUUGAAGUUGAAACUCCUAACCUGACACUCGGUUUUACUUUACUAGAACGACACGAACUUAUAUCCGACUAGGGACUUUCGCUUUAGCAUCAUUCAUUUUAUGCAGUUGGAAUAACAACAACAUGAACUUUCAACUCCAAAUUUCACGUUU